CGGCCCCGCGCCCUGCGCCCGCCCUGCGACCUGCGCCGGCAGUCGGAGGAGGUGGAGGGCAUGGCUGGGGCGCGGCGGUCGGUGAUCGGGGACAGCCCCCAGCUGCUGACACACUACUACGAUGACGCCAGGACCAUGUACGAGGUCUUCAGGAGGGGAUUCAGCAUCUCCGAAAAUGGCCCAUGCCUGGGGUUUAGGAAGCCCAAGCAGCCCUACCAGUGGCUGUCCUACAAGGAGGUGGCUGAAAGAGCAGAAGCUCUGGGUUCAGGGCUGAUUCAGCAGGGCUGCAAACCAUCCACAAAGCAGUUCAUUGGGGUCUUUGCUCAAAACCGGCCAGAGUGGAUAAUUGCUGAGCUGGCUUGCUACACCUACUCCAUGGUGGUGGUUCCCCUCUAUGACACCUUAGGUCCUGGGGCCAUUCGUUACAUCGUUAACACAGCUGACAUUUCCACAGUCAUUUGUGACAAACCUGAAAAAGCCAGAACGCUCCUUGACCACGUGGAGAGGAGAGAAACCCCUGGUCUGAGCUCCAUCAUCCUGAUGGACCCCUUUGAGAAGGAGCUGACAGAGAGAGGGAAGCGCUGCGGGGUUCACAUCCAGACCAUGCAGGAGGUGGAGGACUGCGGCCGUGAGAGUCGCCACGUGCCUGUGCCUCCUCGACCAGAAGACCUAUCAAUUGUCUGUUUUACUAGUGGCACUACAGGAAACCCCAAAGGUGCUAUGCUGACUCAUGGGAACGUGGUUGCUGAUUUUUCAGGCUUUUUGAAAGUGACAGAGAGUCAGUGGUCUCCUACUUGUGAGGAUGUACACAUUUCCUAUUUGCCUUUAGCACACAUGUUUGAGAGAAUGGUACAGUCUGUUGUGUAUUGCCACGGGGGGCGAGUCGGGUUCUUCCAAGGAGACAUCCGGCUGCUGUCCGAUGACAUGAAGGCCUUGCGUCCCACCAUCUUCCCCGUCGUGCCGCGGCUGCUCAACAGGAUGUAUGACAAGAUCUUCAGCCAGGCAGACACGGCGCUCAAGCGCUGGGUUCUGGAAUUCGCGGCCAGGCGGAAGAAGGCGGAAGUUCGGAACGGGAUCAUCAGAAACGACAGCUUGUGGGACAAGCUCUUCUUUAAUAAAAUACAGGCAAGUCUCGGCGGGUGCGUUCGCAUGAUAGGGACAGGGGCUGCCCCCGCCUCUCCCACCGUGCUGGGCUUCCUCCGAGCUGCCCUCGGGUGCCAGGUUUAUGAAGGUUAUGGACAAACAGAGUGCACAGCUGGAUGCACCUUUACUACCCCAGGGGACUGGACAUCAGGUCAUGUAGGAGCCCCUUUGCCCUGUAACUUAAUCAGAUUGAAGGAUGUGGAAGAGCUGAAUUAUUUUGCUGCCAAAGGAGAAGGAGAGAUAUGUGUGAAAGGACCAAAUGUCUUCCAAGGUUAUCUGAAAGAUGAAGAGAAGACAACUGAAGCUCUGGAUCCAGAGGGCUGGCUCCACACCGGAGACAUCGGGAGGUGGUUACCUAACGGGACUCUUAAAAUUAUUGAUCGGAAAAAGCAUAUAUUUAAACUUGCUCAGGGAGAAUAUAUUGCACCAGAGAAGAUAGAGAAUAUCUACAUCCGCAGUGACCCUGUUGCCCAGAUCUACGUCCAUGGAGACAGCCUGCAGGCCUUUCUGGUGGGAAUUGUGGUGCCUGAUUCCGAAGUUAUGCCGGGCUGGGCAAAGAAAAGAGGGUUUGAUGGAACAUAUGCAGAACUCUGCAAAAAUAAGGAACUGCAGCAAGCAAUAAUGGAAGACAUGGUACGGUUGGGGAAGGAGAGUGGACUUCAUUCCUUUGAGCAGGUCAAGGCCAUUUACAUUCACUCUGAUAUGUUCUCGGUACAAAAUGGUUUGUUGACGCCAACGUUAAAGGCUAAAAGACCUGAACUCAGAGAUUACUUCAAAAAACAAAUAGAAGAGCUAUAUUCAAGCAUCUCCAUCUGA